CUCACAUAAAUACUCACCGUGCAUCCAUCCUUGACGGGCUUCCAACACGGUGUCGUCUCCGGAGCGAAGCUUCCAAAGCCACCUGCACGACGGGGCAAAGUUCACCCUCAUGUUUAGGCCACUGAAGAUGGCGGGAGGAGCGUGCUGACGGUCAUAAAGAUGACUCUUCGAAGGGACGAGGAAAGGUUCUUGUCUUUGACCUUGAAAGAAAUUCCAAGACUGUUCUGAUGCCGAGAGAGCACGGAGGCAUCACUCCAGAUAGCGGCGUGGAGAAGAUGAGGAGCGCGGUCACAGCUCCAUUUGGAUAACCCUGCCCAAAGAUGGCCGACUACAAUAUCACAGUGUCUGAGGAGGUGGCGGACAUGUCUUUCCCUCAGCACCACAUGACGGAGCACAACGGCAGCAUGUCCAACGAGACGGAGCCGCUGGCGUUCCGCGUCGUCACGGGGCUGGUCUACAGCGUGGUCUUCAUGGUGGGCCUCUUGGGCAACUCCUUGGCCAUCUUCGUGGUGAUCCGCUACACCAAGAUGAAGACGGUGACCAACCUGUACAUCCUGAAUUUAGCCGUGGCGGACGAACUCUACAUCUUGGGAAUCCCCUUUUUGGCCACCAACAGCGUGCUUUACUACUGGCCCUACGGGGAUUUUUUCUGCAAGGUGUGCAUGACCGCCGACGCCAUGAGCCAGUUCAUGUCCACCUUUUGCCUGACGGUGAUGAGCAUCGAUCGCUAUCUAGCGGUGGUUCAUCCCAUCCGCAGCGUCGGGUGGAGGAGGCCGCAGGUGGCCAGGAUUUUCAGCGCCAUGCUGUGGCUGGUGUCGUUCCUGGUGGUGCUGCCGGUCACCAUCUACUCGCAUGUACAGGAGGGCUUCGACACCUGCAACAUCACGUGGCCCGAGAUGCAGAACUGGUGGUCCGUGGUCUUCAUUCUCUACACAUCCAUCCUCGGCUUCUUCGGACCGCUCUUGAUCAUUAGCAUCUGCUACUUGCUCAUUGUUAUCAAGGUGAGGUCAGCCGGCACUCGCGCGGGUGUGACCAAGCGCCGUAAGUCCGAGCGCAAGGCCACCCGCAUGGUGGUGAUCAUCGUCCUGGUCUUUGUCCUUUGUUGGAUGCCCUUCUUCACCACCAACAUCGUCAACCUGGUGCACAUCAUCCCCGAGAACAACGCCACAGCAGCCGUCUACUUCUUCUUAGUCAUCCUGACUUACGUGAACUCCUGCGCCAACCCGAUCCUAUACGGCUUCCUCUCGGUCAAAUUCCGGCAGAGCUUCCAGAAGGUGCUCUGUUUCCACAAAGCCCAGAAGGUUCCAUCUGCCGCACACACCGACAACCACCUGCCUCUUUUCCCAGCCAGGAAUCCCAACCACAAUGGAAACAUUCAGAACAGCCAGGCUGUCCAGAUGGAGGCUGCUGCUGCUGCGGCAAAACCUGACAAUGACUCCUCAAAUGGCUUGAACGGUCAAUCAAAGCUGUGAGAUGACGCAACACAAACAAAAGUGCCGCCCGCCGUUUAGCAUUCGACUGCUCUUUAGCUUUCAUUCAUUGGAUUAAGAUUCGAUUUGGAUUCAUCUUCAGAGUUUCGUUUUUAUUCGUUCAAUUUAAGAGGAGUCAAUAAAUGGAAUUCUUCCAUGACCGAGAGCAGUAUUUUUGUAUGAUGUUCAUGUCUUUUUUUUUUUCCUGGGAAAUAUCGGUGGUUCUGAUUGAGAAAUAAAUAAUACUGCAGUCGGUGUGUGAUGCCCUCCUCCC